UUUUUGCUGUGUAAAAAUUACAAAUGGAUACAACAGAUUGUCUGGAAGAGCCAUCAGAGAUGACUGAAGAGAUGAAAAGUUGGAUGGAGAAGGCUUUUCAGAUGGCCCAAGAUGCUUUGGAUAAUGGUGAAGUCCCCGUAGGUUGCCUCAUGGUACAUGAGAACCAGCUUGUAGGACAAGGAAGAAAUGAAGUGAAUGAGACAAAGAAUGCUACACGCCAUGCAGAAAUGGUGGCUGUGGAUCAGGUGCUGGACUGGUGCAGGAAGAAUAACAAGAGUUCUGCAAAGGUUUUUGAACACACAGUAUUAUAUGUGACAGUUGAACCAUGCAUCAUGUGUGCGGGGGCUCUACGCCUGCUCAGAAUUCCAUUGGUAGUAUAUGGUUGCCACAAUGAACGAUUUGGUGGAUGUGGGUCAGUUCUGAAUGUGGCUGGAGAUGACAUUCCAGAUACAGGAGCACAGUUUAAGUGCAUACCGGGAUGCAAUGCCAAGAAAGCAGUGGAACUGAUGAAAACCUUCUAUAAGCAGGAAAACCCUAAUGCACCAAAAUCAAAAGUUCGCAAAAAAGAGUAACCAUCAACCCAACUGUCCUAACUUACUGCAGGAUAUACAACAUUUGCUUUGUAGCGGCAAUGCAGCAUCACACCAGCAAUGAAUCCCUCUAUUCUUGAUGAGCAGAAGUGUAUAAUCUUAGCUACCUCAUUAGGAGCUACUGGCCUAAGCUGCCUGUUCAGCAGAUGAAAAAGUUUUUUUUUGAUCAGGGAAAAAAAAAGUCUGUCUACAAUCAUUUAAAAUCAUUAUUUCAUGUUUUUGAUCUAAACGAGCUACUUUAUUUUUUUGCUUUUGUUUGAAAAGCUGAAUUGUGUUCUGCAAUCAGAAAGCAUCCUUACUAAUACUCAGAAGACCAGAAGAGGUCAGCACAGCUACGAGCACACAAACAGUAGCACGGAGGAAGCUUGUACCUGAAUGUUACACAUUCCUAUCCUGAAGUGAACCACGUAGUAUGCUAUUACUGUUCAACAAUAGAAACACAAGUACUUAAA